AUGAGUCGUAUCGCGAGUAGAGUAACCUCACGAUCGACCAUAACCCCUGGACCACCGCCCGAUGGUGGGUUGAGGGCUUGGUUGUGUGUCUUUGGCACCUUUCUUGUCGUUAUGAAUACAUGGGGUAUGAUCAACUCCUUUGGCGCCUUCCAGAGCUACUACAUCCAAACCCUCGGCCGGAGCCCCUCCGACAUAUCCUGGAUCGGAUCCGUCGAGAUCUUCCUCCUCUUCUUCAUCGGCACCUUCACCGGCCGCCUCACGGACGCGGGCUACUUUCGCCCCGUGGCGACAGCCGGCUCCGUCCUUGUCGUCGCGGGCACCCUGGCGGCGUCGGCCUGCACGCGGUACUGGCAGCUCCUGCUGGCGCAGGGGAUCUGCGUCGGCCUGGGCAACGGGUGCCUCUUCUGUCCCACGGUCGCCCUCGUCUCGACGUACUUUGCCAAGCGGCGCGCUUUUGCCAUCGGGAUCACGGCCUGCGGGAGCGGGGCGGGGGGCGUGGUGUUUCCCAUUGUCAUUCGAGAGAUGCUGCCGCGUGCCGGGUUCGGCUGGACGAUGAGGACGCUCGGGUUCAUUCAGGCCGCCGCGCUGGGUACCGCAUUGUUGUGUCUGAAGCCGAGGGUGCCGCCUCGUAAGACGGGGAGCUUGGUGGAGUGGGCGGCGUUCAAGGAGUUGGAGUAUACGUUCUAUGCCGUGGGAGCAUCUUUGUGCUUCUGGGCCUCAUACACCGUCUUCUUCUUCCUCGCAGCCUACGCCCGCGACAUCCAAGGCGCCUCCUACGACACAUCCCUCGACCUCCUCAUGAUCACAAACGGUGUCGGCAUCCUUGGCCGCCUCGUCCUCAACAGCCUCGCAGACCGCGUCGGUAACCUGACAAUGUUCGUCCCCACCGCCGGCGCAGCCGCAGUGCUGGCGUACUGCUGGGCGGCGCUGCCAAUCGCCUCCUCCUCGCGAGCGGGUCUCUACGUCUGGUCAGCGCUUUCUGGUAUUGCGCUGGGCGGCAUCCAGGCGCUGUUUCCCUCCGCGCUGGCGUCGUUGACGGCCGACCCGAGGAAGCAGGGGGCGCGGAUCGGCAUGGUGUUUACGAUUGUGAGCGUGAGCGUAUUGACGGGCCCGCCGAUUGCGGGUGCGUUGGUGUCUGCUUUGGGGGGCAGGUAUUUGGGUGCGCAGAUGUUUGCGGGGAGUAGUUUGAUGUUGGGGAUGGUGUUUAUUUUCUUGGCGAGGGAGGCGAAGAGGAAGAGGGUAGGAGGGUCGUUUUGGGCAAAGGUCUAG